AUGCUGGGAGACAAGGGUCACGGUGUGACUUUGAAGGUUAUGGAAUACACGUAUGAUGACGAUCUGGAAGAAUUGUGUCCUGUAUGUGGAGACAAGGUGUCCGGAUAUCACUACGGGCUGCUCACCUGUGAAAGCUGCAAGGGCUUCUUCAAAAGGACAGUGCAGAACAACAAGAGAUACACGUGUGCUGAAAAUCAGGAGUGUAAAAUUGACAAGACUCAGAGGAAGCGAUGUCCUUUCUGCCGCUUUCAAAAAUGCCUCAACGUCGGUAUGCGACUAGAAGCGGUGCGUGCAGACCGCAUGCGUGGGGGGAGGAAUAAAUUUGGGCCCAUGUACAAGAGGGACAGGGCCUUGAAGCAGCAGAAGAAGGCUUUGAUACGCUCCAACGGCUUCAAAUUGGAGAGUGCGGCUCCUCCGUCCACCUCACCUCUCCACACCGACUACGGCUUCAGCGGCACUCUCAACAGCAUGCCCGCCCUCCCCAAAAGCAUCCUACCCUCCACCCCCGGCUCCAUUACGCCCACAGACUACGAGGCAAACAUUUAUGCCACCCCAUCCCUAGGUAUGCAGUCCCACGUCCCCCUUAGCGGCCAGUACCAGUACACAGCCUUCCCCAGCAGGGUCAUCAAAGCCGAGUGCCCCGACUACACCAGCUCGCCCGAGUCUCUCACGGGAUACGCCUACCCAGAAAUGUACCCCUCCGCCUCGCCGCAGCCCCCAACCCUGCCGCCGCUGGUGCUGGAGAUGCUGCGCUGUGAUCCGGACGAGCUGGUGGUGCGGAACAAGAUCGUCGCUCAUCUGCAACAGGAGCAGAGCACUCGAGGUCGGCUGGAGAAGCCCAGCGCCUUCAGCCUCAUGUGUCGCAUGGCAGACCAGACCCUCUUCUCCAUAGUGGAAUGGGCCCGCAGCUGCAUCUUUUUCAAGGAGCUCAGGGUGGGGGACCAAAUGAAGCUGCUGCACAACUGCUGGUCUGAACUUUUGGUCCUGGAUCACAUUUUUAGACAAGUGCAACAUGGAAAGGGAGACAGUAUCCUGCUGGUUACUGGCCAAGAGAUCGAGCUGGCUUCUCUUCUGUCUCAAGGUGAGGCAACUCUGUCAAGUUUGGUCCAAAGAGGACAGGACCUUGCCGUAAGGUUGAGGCUCCUGCAGGUGGACCGUAGGGAGAUUGCCUGUCUGAAAUUCCUGCUCCUAUUCAACCCCAAUGUGAAGCUGUUGGAGAACCAGGCAUUUGUGGAGGGUGUCCAGGAGCAGGUGAACGAAGCUCUGCUGGAGUACACCCUGACCACUUACCCUCAAUUUCAGGAGAAGUUCGGCCAGCUGGUGGUGCGACUGCCAGAGCUACGCUCCCUCAGCACACAGGCUGAGGAUUAUUUGUGCUACAUGCAUCUGAGUGGCGAGGUGCCCUGCAACAACCUGCUGAUUGAGAUGCUCCAUGCUAAGCGAGCAUGUGUGUGA